AUGAAUCAAUAACUCCAACAACUUCGAACCAUACAUUGAGAAUUUCUUCGACUGAAUACAAAAAACAAGAAUGGAAAUCCAACAAUAGUGAUAUGGAUUUUGAUGCUUUAACAAUAAGCGAAGCAGCAAAAAAAUUGGUCCUUUCACAAGUGAUUACCACUUCAACUCCAACAUCAUCACCAUCCCAUAGUGACUCAACUGGCUAUGAAAAUAUGCCAAUAUCUAGUUUACUAGAUUUAUUUUUAACCCCAGCACGGGCAAAAGAGACUCUUAAAGAAAUGAAUACCCUGCUUUCAUUAGAAAUAGUUGUUUUUACCACGGACAGCAAUAUUCUUCUUACACCAGAUCGUUUGCCAAUAAGCACCGAUGAUGACGAUCUAAUUUCAGACAUUCGAAUUUAG